GCGAAUCCCCCAUCGUAGAUCCUGCGUUAUUUCAGGUAACUUCAGCGCUUCAGUGGACUCCUGUCCAGCACGUAUUAACGACUGAAGCGAAAGUCGCGCUUUCGGUGACGCUUUAUAGCACGUGUGCCGUAAAUAACGCGUUCGGAUGUAAAUAAACAAAACGGCGGACAGGUACCUGAGGACACUCGACAAUUUUACCGUUUCUGGAAUAACGAAGCGAGAGUGAAAGUGAACGGAGUGUCAAGGCAUCAUUGGGAUUUCUAUUUUUUUUGGCAUUGGUUCUACAGUGUUGGAUGUAUUGGAGGAUUUAAGUUCGGAGAUCCAUCUAAGAAUAACGUACAAUAGUUGCUUCAUUGCCCAAAUAUCUUGGAAGGAUGUUGCCAUGAAUGACCAAGGUGAGCCAAGUCUCCAGUCUCGUUCCCAGUUGCCCCAAGGGGGCCGUCGUUCUGUCUGCUCGCGUCCCCCAUCUCAUCUCCACUCAGACUGUCCCACAGAACAGGAAGAAGGAUCGCCAACUAUUGGACAACGUUCUGUUUCGCUGAGUACUCUUCAACCUGGUGUGAUACAACCUAGGAUGGCUCAAUUGGAAACUUUAGAAGCAAAAAUGGCCAGUAUAGAAGUUUCCCUGUCCAGCACCCCUAGAAGAAAGAAGAAUGGAAGUAUAGGUGGAUUCAGCCUAGGGUCAUCCAUACGUUCCAUACCAAAAGAAAUAGCCACCAAAGAGCUGGAGAAUUUACGUAAUGCACUGAGAGACAAAGAAAACAUCAUACAAACUCUUAAGGGACAACUGACAAUACCGGGAAUAAGACUGUUAAAUAUCAAGAACGGUGGGUCGACAAAUUCGGUGGGAAGUAGAGAAUUGACAGAAGUGGAGAAAAAGCAAGCAGAAGAAAGGCUGAAUAGAUUGAGGACAGAUGUAGAUAAUAAGAGACUGGCAAUAAAAAACCUCAAAAUGGCUUUAGAAAGACUAGAUAUAACUGAUAACAUAGACGUACGAAUACAGCAAGCUGAACUUGAAUACCAACUCGGCCGAGAGGAACUAAACCUUCUCACCCUCUUGGAAGAGACAAGAACCCUUCAGUUAUGUUUGGAUGAAUCUAAUAAAAUGAAUAACACUUUGAAUACGCUCUUUAGUUGCGUGCAUGGAAAGGAGAAUAUUGUUCUGGUUGGUAUUGAAGUAGAAUUUGAUCCAAAAAGUCCAAAAUUUGGUGCUGGCGAAAAAGAGCAAGGGGGUCUCUGGAUAGAUUGGGCAUUAGAGGAAACCGGGCUGUGCAAAGAUGACAGGAUCAUCGAAGUGAACGGAAAAAUAGUCUUGACAAAAACGAGAGACGAUCUGGCUCGUCUUCUAGCAGCGGCUCCUGAUCCGGCACAGAUGGUAGUUCUUAGGAAAAUGGAGAACAACACCUCCUCGGCAAAAACGUCCAUCGAUUAUAAAAAAGAAGUAACUGCCUUGAGAACUGAGCUGGAUGCUGUCAAAGAGAGGGCUGAAGAAGCUCAAAAAGCCAAAGAUGGUCUUAGGUCUGAUAAUUUAAGGCUGACGCACAGGAUUUCCUACUUAGAAGAGCAGGUAUCAGAACUUCUGAGCAGGAAGAGUUCUGACUCUGACAUUAGGAUAGUCACUCAGAGCCCAAUUAUCUCAACAGUUAAGAGCAACCAGAACAUCACAAACAUCAACAUCUCCCACCAAUCAGGUCCCUCAUCACCAAGCGGUAGCAGCAGCUCUAAAGACAUACAGGUUUUCCAGAAAGGACCUCAAGUAACUGCCCUGGUAUCCAACAUCCCUGGUUUAGAAACCAACCGAGACAACCACACUUCCCUUCCAGUGAGAUCGAAGAGUAGUUUAUCCAACGUUUCGAAUUCACACCACUCAUCUUCAGGACAUCAAACGUCAGAGAAUCACAGCUGUCACAAAAGUCAUCGUCACAAACACAAAAGUAGAAAUGGGAUGAGUAGUUCCGGAAGUACCCAAACGUUGGACCAGGCAAACGACAAAAUCACCUACAGAAAGCAUUCGCAUCAUCACCACCAUUAUAGGGAGAAAGAUUACAGCUCUGAAACAAAUUCGGCUAUCGAACAAAUCUCAAGAUAUAACAAGAAAAACCUAGAAAACGGCCACAAACAAUCAGAGAGAGAGCCCACCCCGAACGCUAACAACAACAUCAUGGAUCAGAGUUACCACAAAGCCACCAAAAUUGUCCAAGAUCUGACCAGAAGGAGUGACGUUAGCUCGUAUGAGAAACACCGGCAAAAAUGUUUGAUGGCUUCCGAAAAGUACAAUGUUGAUAUUUUGAAACAUUACAAUUCCAGAAAAUCCACUUCCGUCUUGGAUUUCCGUAAUGAAAUACACAUUGGACCGAAAUUCAGUGAAUGUAAGAGCGCCGAUGAGUUGAAUGGAAACGAGAGCGACUGUAAUUACAGACAGAGAAUUCAUAAUUCGCAAAACAUGAAAUCAUUAGACUUCGACAGCGACUGCAACUCCACUAAAACCAAUGGGAAAUUAUCGUCGUGCAAUAAAUCUGUAGACUACACUUCCGAACCGUUAGACAACAACAAGAAAUCCAUGAGCUCUUAUGCAGAACAACAAAAACGUCCUAUGCCACCGAAAAAGCCUCUAAGACUGUCUCUGCACAAGGCGCAAAGUCUGCAAUCGGUGGAUACUGGCCCUAACGAUUCUUCGAGUCGGGAAUCCAGAAAAUCUGUUAAACGUACAUACAAAGGAGACAUGUCUUCCCAUAUGAGACUCAGCGAAAUCAAUGCCGAAUAUGGAGUACAUAAUAGCAAUUCGCUGAAGUGGAAUUUAGGGCAGAACCAGAGGAUUGUUGAAAAUGGGAUUGAAAUGACUGGUAGCUGGUGCUGAAAUUCCGCCUAUGUAAUGAAUGUUUAGUGUAUAGUAUUUAUGUACAAAUUAAUUGUAAGGAGUUUAAUUUAUGUUUAUAUCUACAGCAAAUAUAUUACGAGAACUUUAUACACCAA